AUGGGUGCACUUUUUAAUGUGUGGGUAUCAACUGAUGACACAAAUUCCUCAAGAAAUAUAUUGGAGGUUGAUCAAGGAGGCCUGGACUUGGCAGGUCCUGAAUUUUAUUUGAAUAAAAGUAUUACUGAAGAUAAGGUUUUGUCAGCAUCACUUGAAUACAUGACCACUUUGGGAGUUUUACUUGGAGGAGAUAAAAAUGAUACUCGGAAUUAUAUGUAUGAAGUCCUUGAUUUCCAGAUGGCCAUUGCUAAUAUUACAACACCUGGUGAAGAACGUCAAGAUGAAGAAAAAAUUUAUCACAAAAUGACUGUAGAAAAAUUGCAAAACCUUGCCCCUUUUAUUAACUGGGUUCAGUAUUUCAAUGAUCGACUUACAGUUGUGAAUAUAACAAUUGACAGUUCAGAAGAAGUGGUUGUUUAUGCCCCAGAAUAUUUGGAGAAACUUACUGGACUUGUUCACAGUAUGUUGAAUGAUACAAAUGGCAGAAGAAUCCUUAAUAAUUAUAUGAUUUGGCCUGUGGUUCGCAGCUUCUCAAAUUUCCUCUCAAAACCUUUCCGGGAUGCAAGGAAUAUCCUUGCUAAAAGUCUUUUAGGUACAGUUGGUAGUGAAGAAUCCUGGCGAUAUUGUGUGAUGGACACAAACAGAGUGCUAGGGUUUGCUUUGGGGGCAAUGUUUGUUGAAGAAGCCUUUCAAGGUGACAGCAAGAAAAAGACUAUUGCAAUUGUUUCUAUCAAAUUUGACUAA